AUGGAGUCCGGCGGCGAUCGGUGCAGCGACCUAUUCGGCGAGAUGACAGAGGAGGCGAGAACUGGAGUGGGUGCUCGGGUGAGUGAGGCGGCGGUGAAAGGCGAACUGGAGAGGGUGACGGCCGGAGAUGGGAGCGAGGCGUGCGGGAGAGGCGGCGGCGGCCGGCGGGUGAGGAAGCGGCGAGCUGGAAAUGGGGGAGGGUUGACAGAGGAGGCGAGAACUGGAGUGGGUGGUCGGGUGAGUGAGGCGGCGGUGAAAGGCGAACUGGAGAGGGAGAGAGCCGGAGAUGGGAGCGAGGCGUGCGGGAGAGGCGGCGGCGGGCGGCGGGUGAGGAAGCGGCGAGCUGGAAAUGGGGGAGGGUUGACAGAGGAGGCGAGAACUGGAGUGGGUGGUCGGGUGAGUGAGGCGGCGGCGAAAGGCGAACUGGAGAGGAAGACGGCCGGAGAUGGGAGUGAGGCGGCAGGCGAGGCGUGCGGGAGAGGCGGCGGCGGCCGGCGGGUGAGGAAAUGGGGGAGGGUUGAGGAAGUGGGGGAGGCGGCGGGUGAGGAAAUGGGGGAGGCGGCGGGUGAGCGUGAGUGA